CGUUUUUUUGCAGUUAAUAUGUUAGGAUUAAGUUAUAGUAUUUUAAUAACUAUCCUUUGGGUAGCUCAUUGCGAGGAACGAUUUUGUUCUAUCGAUAGCACGGAAUAUUGUACAAAAGAAAGAGAAGUUAAUGCUUACAAUAAAGUUUUAAACGAACAAUAUGAAAAAUAUAAUUAUGCAAUUGAGGAGGCAGAGAAAAAUUAUAAACCAUGCAACAAUACAAAUAAUGGUUGUUUUAAAAAUGUUAUUAUACGUGACUUGAAACCAUUCAAAGAGAAAGGUAUAAAUAAAGAUUUAAUAGAUACUGCAAAAAUGAGAGGAACAUUUUAUCAAAUAAUAGAAGGAAACUUAUAUAGACAAAAAGAUUGUAUGUUUCCUUCACGAUGUGCUGGAAUAGAGCACUUUCUGUUAAAACUAUCUCCUGACUUACCAGAUAUGGAUUUAGUUAUAAAUGUUAGAGAUUAUCCUCAAUCAAGUAAACAUUUUGGGGACCCAUUACCUAUAUUUUCAUUUAGUAAGACUCCACAAUAUUAUGAUAUUACAUAUCCAGCAUGGGCAUUUUGGGAAGGUGGUCCUGCAAUUUCUUUGUACCCUCGGGGUCUUGGAAGAUGGGAUGAACAUUGUAUAUCUUUAGAUAAGGCUAGUAAAAAUGCAUCAUGGGAAAAGAAAGAAAGUAAAGCAUUUUUUCGAGGUUCCAGAACAAGUUCGGAACGUGAUAAUUUGAUACUAUUGAGUCGCAAAAAGCCAAACUUAGUAGAUGCACAAUACACAAAAAAUCAGGCAUGGAAGUCUGAAAAAGAUACAUUGCAUGCACCUCCAGCUUCUGAAGUUCCUUUAAAAGCACAUUGUAAAUAUAAAUAUCUGUUUAAUUAUCGAGGUGUUGCCGCAUCAUUCAGACACAAACAUUUAUUUUUGUGUCGGUCGUUAGUAUUUCAUGUAGGAGAUGAAUGGAUUGAAUUUUAUUAUGAUGCAAUGAUACCUUGGAUUCAUUAUAUACCUGUUCCUAAGGAUGCUGACCAAACAGUAUUAGAGGAUUUGAUACAGUUUGCAAUAAAUAAUGAUGAAUUAUCAGAAAAAAUUGCAAAUCGCGGAAGAGAUUUUAUAUGGAAUAAUUUAAAACUGUCAGAUGUCUCACAAUUUUGGAAAAAACUUUUGAAGAGCUACUUCAAACUUCUAACAUAUAAAACAACUUUAGAUAAAAGUUUGAUUAAAAUUGAAAAGAAAGGAAGAUCUUAA